AACGACAUUCCUGCAAAUGUCAAAUAGCGAACUCCAUCACGAACUAAGGGAAAUAAAUUGAUAAAAAAAGAAUACAAUACAAUUUUAAGCGAAAUGAAUGAUGAAGGUUUAUCGAAACUAAAGUGCAGUAGUAUAAGAUGUGAAAAUUAUUGAUUUCUUACAUUGCAAACAUGGAGAGGAAUAUUACCGGGUCCGUGGAGGGCCCGGAGGCGCUAGGAUGGAACACAACAUCGAUAGAUUUCGCGGAAAUCACAAUGGAUUCAAACUUUGCCCUUCUGCUAGUGUCCCUGAUUUCUGCGAUAUUAUGGAUUGUGUACAUCACCUAUUACAACAGCAGAGUCCUGGGUUACAUACUAACGCGACUUAUCAACAGGUUCUACUUCCAGGAUGAGAACUUCAAGAUAGGAUCAUUCACACUCAAUGCUCUUUCUGGCAAGAUAAUGUUCCGGGAUAUCGUAUACAUCAACUAUGACUACACACUGCGAAUACAAGACGGAUACUUGAUAUUCAGGUGGUGGCGCUCUUACGUGCCAAAGGAUGUCUCGGAAGACUUAUCCCACUCCGACACGCGUCUGUCCAUCAUGCUGAACGGGUUUGAGCUUCACGUCUACAACAGAUGCGAUCUUUACAACGAGUUGGAGAAGAUCUUCGGCCUCGAACCCGUCAUCAAGCAGCAGGAAGACGACGAUUCCACCGACAGGGACAAAGCUAUGAACGACGCUAAUGAGAAAAGAAGACGGGCCCAGGACACAGUCAGGUCGGAAGCGGCCAUGGCACGAACCUGGCGGGACCUCAUCCCCGUCAUCAAAAUAGACGUGUGCUCCGGUAGAGUCGUCUUCGGCAACAGACUGGUCCCCACAACAUUAUCCAUAAGCGUCGAGGAGUCCCAUCUAGUCUACAGCACCAAACCCCCCGCUUCAAGCUUGGACCACCUCAUGCACUUUGUCAAAGCCAAAGCCGAGAACUGCAAGGUCAUUCUGGCACCCAGUCCUAACUACACAGCCAUGGUUGAUGAACCACCAAGAUAUAUGGGAGAAGGUUUCGUCGUGAUGAGUUCUAAUUACAUUGAAGUGUACUUUUAUAUGGAUGAACCAGGGUUGGUGCCAGAACAACCAGUGCUGUUGCAGUUAGCCAAUGGCGAUAUCGUGGAAUCAGCCCCGCCUAUUUGGGGUGUAGAUAUCAAAUGUGGGAAAGGUACUGACUUCAGUUAUGGACCUUGGGCUGAUAGGCAAAGGGACCAUUUGUUCAAAUUCUUCUUCCCACCAAACUACAAGAAUAUGGAGGUGACGCCACAGCCGAAACCUGGAGACAGAAGGCAGACGCAGUCCUUCGAUAUACGACUAUCGACACUCAACGAAGCCACUAUAGAUAUUCUAUUCACUAAAAACAAGGAAACAAACGCUGUACAUAUAAAUAUAGGCGCUGGUUCGUAUCUUGAAGUAACAUUGCCGUGGAUUGUUUUGCAAGACGGCUACACGACUAAGAUAACUGGUCAAUUACUCCACUUGGAGGCCACUACGAGUCUUCAGUACCGGAGUCUCGCCGAGAGCGAAACGCUAGAGUACACCAUCAAAUGUCAUUACCCACUAGUUUGGAAUCACCACCAGUGCUGGCAGCUCGGGUUUACCGGCUGCAAGGCCACCGUCCACCUCGUCUACACUCACAUAGAUUUCUUCCAAGAUUUAAUAAAUGAUUGGUCAACAAAAGCUCGUCCUGACAUUUUGCAUUUUGUUCCAUACACGUGGAAAAUAACUCUACUGCUGAAAGAGUGUGAGGUGGUGACUGUGAGCAACCAGUACAACUGGAUAGACUGCAGCUCCACCAACCAGGAGAACAACCACGUAGCUUUCUGCGGUGACUUACUAGACGUUUCAUUCGACUUGCCUUUUGUCGACUUCUUGCCGGAUGUCAUUCCUCUCAAAAUUUGGGUCCAAGGUGAAGCGGUCGAUAUGAGUCUAUACUUGCCUGAAGUGAACACAUCGAGACUGCUACUGCUAUCUAUUGACAAAAAUAUGAAAUUAGUGCCGUGUAGAUUAAAAGCGUCGAAAUGGCGGAGAAAAUGCGUGAAGUCACAAGGAUGGGUUGACUGCUGGUCGGUGCCUAUCGUAGCCCUUAGUGUCAGAUAUAAUUAUCAUCCAAUACCACCACUUGGCCCGGAGCCACAGGCAGACAUCACUACGCCAGAAAAAGAGGAGAUUCUGCUAUCUCCCAUGAGGAUACCGAGGAUGCGGAAACAGCCGCAACUGAACUGGGACUUGACCGGGUCCAACAAGUUCGACCGGACAUCACUACCGCCCGAUAAAGUGAGCGUCGAGUUAGAAGUGGGGCCUUCAAUUCUUCUUGCCUACGGCACCAUCAUCACUAGCUUCAUGAAUCUACUAGAGAAUAUUUUCGGAGAGGACCAAACGUUCACAGACAUGCAGAAAACACCAACAGGCGAAAAUACAGUGAAAAUGAACGACAAAAGCAGUAUUAACCAGCACACAGAGAUCUCGAUCGAUGACUCGACUGACACCAGCAAGGGUCCUUUCGACCCGCGCCAUUGCCGGCCGCUGGACGUCACCGUAUCUAUAAUAAUACACGACAUUCAAGCGCAUUUAGUAAAGAAUUGCAGCGAGAACGAACCACCUUGCCCAGUAGUAUUAAUUGAAAGGUUUGGUUUCGAAAUGGACAAGAGUUUUAGAGAAACUAAACUCCAGCUUCUACUCAGUCCUUCGAUCCUAGUAUCGUCUAACAAUUUGUCACGAUCGAAUCCCAAUAAUUCCGGGGCUUUGUAUCAGGGCCAUUUGAUGCUGUCCUCGUUCCAAUUACGAGGCAACGGUUUCUUCAGCGAUACGAACCGGUCCGUAGAGCAGGAUACAGUGGAGUACGCUUGGAUGAUGGAACUCCAAUUAGGACAGUUAACUGGUCGCCUCACGUUACCCCAAUUGUACCAAAUCGUAUUAUCGUUAGAGACAUUCUUGCUGCUCAUAUGUGACAGUGAAAACGAGUUAGUUCCGCCAAACUCUGGCAAAGAAUGUCAUCACGGUCUAAACACAGUUAUGUGUCCCGAAACUGACUUGACAUUGAAAUACCGCUGUCCGACGUCAAACGAGAUUAAAUACAAGAUGAUACGAGUGGCUAUAGAUCUUAUUGACAUCUACAUCGCCGACUCGAAUACAACGCUUCAAUCGUGGAUAUCCCCAAUUCGUUUGAGUUUCUGCAAUCUUCACGGCGCGGGCUUCGGAACCGGCGUGACUGGGUUGCUCCCUAACAUAAAACUCGCGUUGUACACUCAGACGAACAUGCAAGCGAAUACUCAUCACCAUUCUAACGGCAGUAACAGCAGCCAACAGAGCAAAGGUGAAAGUGAAAACUGGGUCGGAGUAGGAUCUGUAUCGUUCGGUCCGGUGCUCAUAGAAGCGGCAUCGUCUUUACCGCAGAGCCCAAAGAAUUUACAUUUAGUUCAGCAGAAGUUUUUGAGGCUUCAUGACGACAAUACAAAGAGGCUAUGGUUUCUCUGGCCGGGUGAGGGGAAGACUUCCCAAUGUGGUUGUACGGGAGGCUGCUCGUUCUUCGGCUCGAACAGAAACGGUCCUAAUUUCUUGAAGCCUAGCCCCUCCGACCUUAAUGAAGGCAUCAACGUGGCUUUGUUUAACGUGAUAGAGAAUACGCCAGGGGAAUAUGGUUACGGGCAAAGUUUGUUACACCCUGGGCAGUUAGUGUUCCAUACACCACCUUAUAACAGUCUCAACGUAUGUCUGCAGCCCACAAACGUUGCGACAUUGAUACCAUCACCACUGCCACAGGUGCUAAACAAAUCGCCUCAGAGCGUUGAACGGCGAAGUCUAACUCGAAGGUUUUCAUACACAAGCAUGGGUAAAGGAAGCAAUAAUAUACUCGUGUCGAGCACCAAAAGCGACGUUCCUUACGCUCGUCUCGUGGACUCCUCAAUUCCACUGGGGACCUCCAAAAUCGAUAGCGACUCGAAGCUCAACAAAAGCAUUCUUAACGUGCCACAAAUGGAAAGCAGUGUUUCUGAUUCAAAACUUGCUCUGAGUUGCGGCAUCAAAGACAGUUCGAUCAUUACAAAGAAACCUCACAUCGAUGGCGAAAGCUUUGUAGUGCCGAAGGUUCCGGCACGGAGUGUUGGCGUCUCAGAAUCUCACUACUCCCUGAACUCUCAGGUUCCAGCGGAAGAUACCGUGCCGUUAGAAGUACAACGAACCAUGUCGAUAACGAGCGAGAAUCAUUCCGAGGCGUUCUUCUCAGCCGAUGAAGACAUGUUCCCGAGUCGCUCUUCUAGUUUGAAACAUUCUUUCGGCAGUCGCCACAGCAACCACAAAGACAAGAGUUCUUUCGGAAUUAACGAUAUUACAAACGAAAAAUGGACGAAUUCCAUACCAAGAUCUGAAGUGGCGGACGGUCCUGAUACGAUUAGCAAUUUAAGCACGGGAGUUCAGCCUGACUCUGAAAGUGGAUCUGUGUCGUCAACGUCAUUCAUCUCUGCGAUAUCGUCUCAAGAAGACAUGACUCUCGUCAAUCUGCACAUGCAGACCAAUAAACCAAUAGUCGAUUCCCCGCUGCUAAUGGCCAGUUACAUGCACAAUUUACCACAGUACCGAUGCUCCAAUUGGUCUUCUUGUUCGCUGCCCAGCGGCAGUGACGCAUUCACUCUGCCCCUUUUCAAAAGAGCUGAUGACGGUACUUUAGUUUACGUCGGCCAAAAAUAUUUACCCAAUUUCGAGCCAAUAGGGAAAGUCAACAUUCUAAAACUGAUUUCAAAGAAAGAUGGACAUGGUAGUCAAAACGGUCCAUAUUCGAAUCUGACUCCUCACUUCAAUUCCCAAGUGAGAGCUCAUCCGUACCCGCACGGUUGGUGGGACGUCCAGCAAAGCGUGCAGGAUAACCAGGAGAAUACUACAGACAAAAGUUCCACUUCAACAGCUACAACAACAAGUGACAGUAAAAACGGUAUAUUCGUUAAAUUGAGAGGAGAAAUCGACGUAAUGUUGUCUCCGUUAGUUUUGGAGAGCACGCAAAAGUUUGUGGAAUCUCUCACGCCUGUUCUGGCUAACGUUCAUCCCAUAACUGUGAUAAACCAUUUGCGUCUGCUUUGCAUUUCGACGGUAGAGGGCGCUAAUGUGCUCAAGCAGAAGCAGUACGUCAUGAACUGGCUUCCGCAGAUGCAAGCGCAGAACCAGUCGAACGUGAUGACGGAUAAGGACGACAAAUGUAAAUUGGCGACAAUACCGCAUUCGAACGUUUACGAAGAAACGAUUUGCGAUCAGUUACAAGCGACGAUUACAGUGCCGAAAGUCAAUAUGAUAUUCAUCCAAUCGUCUGUCGUUGAAGACAUGAUAUCGUUCUCUGCUCUAGAUAAUAUUCAGGAUUUGACGUGCGUAUCGUUGUUCGGAGUCUCCAUAGAGAACAUCACUGCAAAAUAUGUUAGUUCGAAGAAGACUUUGGAGUCGGUCCAGUUGUACUACCGUCCGACUUUGAGGGCGCUUGGGAAUAAAAAGUCGUUUGGGAUCAUGAAGGGGCCCCGGGCGUUGAUCUCGACGCAUUCUGGAGGCUCCGGGAGGAAGAGAGGGCCAGAGAAAGGAGACCCCGUGUAUAUCGAGACUUCACAACAGCAAUGCGAGGACAUGACGAUCACUCUUAACGUUGGCAAGGUCCACGGGCAACUGCGCCGCAUCCGCAACGAGGCGUCCCAGCUGAAGGACGCCACCGUGACGGGCAUCCCGGGCCAGCACUCCAAGGCGGCCUUCCGGUUCGCCAGGCCCGACCUCUGCGGCAAGGGCUGCGACUCUAUGUGUUGUCAAAACGGCUCGGAAGGUCAAAAAGACAAUUCGAUGGGCUACAUAAUGUUCGAAUGCGGCCUUGAGGGUGUCUCCAUAAAAGUGUCCAAACACGCCCAGUCUCACAAGUCUAAUGAGGACAAGAAAGCCGCGAAGGCCGAGACUGAGAGCUGCAGGGAAUCUAUCAAGUCUGCUGAGGAAGUGAAACCGGAUAAGGAGAAGAAUGAGAAGGCCAAAGGCAGAUCGUCUGGUAUUGAAGACUUGUUUAGGAAGAGAGAGUCAAAUUCUAAGCCUAGUACUCCUAAUUUGAGCAAUGCUCAACCUCCGCCGCAGUUACCUCCCGAACCCGCGACUCCUGGUCCAGAGGAACCUUCCAACAACGAGAGCACCAGCACCAUGGUGCCGGUGCGCGACACCGGCAAUAUGUCCUCCUGUGCCAUCGACCUCAAGGUCGUCUGGUUCAACUUCGCGGCGCCACCGCGCACCCCGAUCACUAAGAAGAUUGAUUAUACCAGAUUGGACUGGAACCUGCUGAGCACGGCGUCCCCCGCCAUCAACGCGUGGAUGAACCCGUGCAACCGGCUCGGCAUCCGCGUGGUGGCGCUGUACCGCGCGCACGCGCGCCGCCUCACGGCCGCCGCCGCCGGCCUCAUGGCCGCCGCGCUCGACCUGGCGCCGCACCACUCGCUGCCCAAGAGCCGCUACGGCCGCCACACGCCGAUGGCGAAGCAGCUGCGCUCGGAGCCGUCGCUGCAGCUGUGCGGCGUGCUGCUGCGGCACGCGCUGCAGGCCGACACCGCCGCGCUGCUGGCCGACCUCGCCGACCGCCACCUGCCCUCCCUCGGCACCCUCCGACAGGGGGUGAUAGUACUGAGCCGCCAGUGGAAGAACAUUCUGUACACGCCGUUGCUGCUGGAGCACAACUACAAGAGCAAGGUGAUGAAGCCGCUCAACGUCACCUUCGCGCUGCCAGACCUACUCGAGGAUUCCGUCGAAGGAUGGCAGGAGUACCAGCUAGACAACGAAGCUUUGGACGAAAAUUGUCUAUUGCUCAACAUGGAAGCCGAAAAACUCAAUAUGCCAAUGCGAGGCGCGCAGGGGGCCCGCGCUAGUCUCGUGUUCCCCGCGCUCCCCUUCUCCACGAGGAAGCCCGCCUUCCAAGACGACGCCAUUGCUAAUUACGGCACACUGAAAGAAGAAGUGCCGACGGUUGGGUCGAAUCCGUCAUUGUACUCGGCGCACGGCAGCGACGAUAACAUCAGAAACGAUCGGGCGAGAGAGGAUCUGUACCAGUGGAUGGCCAAACAGGAGCCAAUUAAAGUGGAGCCGAAGAGCAAGAAGCCCAUCAUCCCGGCGUCGAAGAUGAACCCGCUGGCGGCGGCGGCGGCGCUGCCCGCGUGCAGCCUGUACCCGCUGCAGGGCUCGCUGAUGCUGCUGGACGCGCACCUGGUGUUCCAGCCGCUGCUGGCCGCGCUGGGCGUCUGCCCGCACCAGGUGGCGCCGGGCGAAUCCAAGAAGAGUUCAGCAGACGGCCAAGGCCCAGGUGCAGUGCAGAGCGCGGCUCCAGCUUUGGAGUCCCUGGGCUCCAAGCUGUCGCUGCUGGCGUGGGUGGACGUGUUCCGAAUCGACAUCGUGGUCAGCGAGCUGGCCAGAGACCGUAGACAUAACAAAAAAGGCAACCAAUCUCACGCGGAUAUUCCAUCCGAAACGCCAUCAUUCCUCUGCGAGAAAGUGUCCAUAGAUGUAGACCUGAAGAAGGUGGCGGACAUGGCGGUCGAUGACCUCAUCCAAAGACAAAACGUGCUCUACAUAUCUAGGGGACAGCUGAAGAAACAUAUCAGCACUAUGUUGAACUUCAACAUAAGCGUGCGGUAUAUAUCUCAGCAGGUGAACAUGCCUCUACUGCGGUUGCUGCAUCAGAUCAGCAACAUGUACCAGAACGUGAAAGACACGCAGGUGGAACUUCGCAGUCAGACGAAAAUCUCUCAGAGACGGAACAAGCAUACCUCCUCGUCUGUAUCAGACUUCCGCGAGAACUUAGUGAGCGUCACGUCUCUGGACAAGGAGUCCGAGUUAACGAGCUUGGACGCCAAGUGGGAAGCUUUGGCACCGCCCCCACCACCGCCACACGUGGUCAGACCGAGACCGCAGUCCUUCGCGCAGAAGUUAAGAUCCACUGGCAAGAGUGUGAAGGGGAAACUUGGCUACAGCUCGCUGAGCGAGGGCGCGCACACGCCCAUGUUCCCGGCGGGCGCUCCGCCCCCCGCGGGCGCCCCGCCCCCCGCUCCCCCCGCGCCCCCCGCGCCCGCCUCCCCCGCGGACGGCACGCUGGCGCCGCGCUGCUGGCGGACCGUGUACCAGCUGCUCGAGCUCUACGCCAACAUGCCGGACGCCGAGACCAUCACUCACAGAUUCUCAGUGACGACGGACAUACCUGAACACUACCGCCACAGCCGCACUCGGCCGAGUUCCCGCGAGCAGAACACCAGCAACUCGUCCUCCAGCGCCGCGCCAAUGGGCAUCGUCGUCGUCGGUGUUGCCAGAAUCCACCGCACCCGCCUGCUGGCGUCAUUAUCGGGCCUGAAGCUGGAAGCGGAGAUCACCUCCCUGCAGGCUUCCCUCUCCGCCACCCGCGCCCGGCAGUGGUCGCUGUCGGGCAACCUGGGGCGCACCACCAUCGUGCUGCUGGAGGGCGUGGCGCCCAACCAUCAAACGGUUGUACGAAUAAGCGUGGGUAAAUCUCAAGCCUUGUACUCAUGGGAAGGCGGUCGCGCCGUGGCUGGAGCAGCAGCGCUGGCCAGCAUUGGAGCUAUCAGAGUGGACCUGCCUCAGCAUCCUGUGGCGCUGCACGGCGUCAUGACCAGAUCAUCGCGGCAACUGUCUUCCACGCUGCAGGAGUUGGGCGUGACCCGCGCGGCGCCGCGCCCGCGCCCGCCCGCCGCGGAGCCCGCGCCCGCGCCGCCGCCCGCGCCGCGCGCGCCGCCCCGCCCGCGCGCCGCCGCGCUCAUCGACCCGCUGCAUCUGCAGUUCUCCAUAGCGUUGCAGAGCCUCAGUAUCACCGCAGCCCUCCUGCCGUCAUUGCAAGCGCAGUACAAAAUGGAGCAUGUGCAGAGUUCCGGGGUGACGGGCAACAAGGCGCACUUCACAGUGCACCUGCCUCAGCAUUCCCUCAGCUUCGUCACCAAGCUGCAGGUGACGGAAGCCAACAUCCCGGCUGCGGCAUCGGUGGCCCUUCCCGCUGUACACGUAUCAGGGAGAGUCCUGGAACAGCAGGCCAGCACUGGAGCUGGGGACGCGCCUUGCGAUGGAGUAGUACUCAGGACCGGCAGCUACCUGGCUGCCACGGCGGAUAUAGGACUGUUUGAACACACCCUCUCCACGGACCUGCUGAACCACCUGGUGUUCGUCCAGAAAGUCUUCAUGAAGGAGGUAAACGAAGUGGUGCAGAAGGUGUACGGCGGCGAGAAACCAGUUCCAUUGUGGAACGAGGAGGAGGCGUCAUCGUCAGCGCUCAGCAGGAUUCUGUUCUCGCUCAUCAUCAGGAUCAGGCGUAUCCAACUAACGGCGACAACUCCGAGCAACAGCGCGGUGAGACUGGAGACCGGCGCGGUGGAGCUGGAGCUGUCCAACAGGGUGCAGAACGUGCCGCGGCCCGCCGACCACGGCGUGCGGCUGUUCGCCAAGGCGCAGGUUGAGCUUAACCUAAGCUUGGGACAAGUGAUACGCAACGCGAUGUUCGAGGAAGCCGAACCAGAGUUCCAGCAGUACGCGUUCUUCAAUACUAGAAUCUCGAUGCGCAACGCCUUCCAAGACGAGAUGGUGGCCGGCGAGGACAAGGAGGUGGUGCUCAUCACGCUGAAGAGGCCCCUCAUCUACAUCCAGCCGGUGGCGGUGGACCGCGCCAUACUCGUGUGGCUCAACUACAAGAACGCUUACGAGUAUUGGAACGAGAAGAGGCUCAAUCUCACCAAGGAAGUGCUUACGGCCACACAGCAGGUCUUCGAAAAGGUACAACUGACAUCUCAGAUCACCGCGCCGCACCUGAGCACGCUGUUCCUGCAACUGAACGUGGACGAUAUCGGCAUAUGUUUGCCGUUGAAUCAACCGCCUAUGACGUCGUGGGCGCGCGGGCCGGGCGAGGCGGAGGCGCGCGGCGCCGUGGUGGUGACGCUGGAGAGCACCAGCAUCUCGGCCUGCAGCUCGGGCGCGCUGGUCUCCAAGGGCCGCUUCGUGGGGCUCUGCCUCCGGUUCGCGGACGACUUCGAGACCUCGCUGGACGACUGGAAGCCGGGCCCCGACGAGGCGUCCGCCAACGUGUGCUGCGUGUCCGAGGGGACCUACGAGGUGUGCAGCAGGACCACGGCGGCCAAGACCAGUGGGGGGGCUACGGAAAACGCAAAGUGGUUCCUGAACGUGUCGUGGCAGAUGGAGGGCGUGGACAUCCACCUGGACGUGAACGUGGGGAAGCAGCUCUCGGCGCUGGGGCACACGCUCACCAUGCUCACAGGUUUCGAGGAGGAGGAUCCAUUGAAAAUGGACUAUGAAAGCGAUUUGGACGAUGAAGCGGAUAACAGCAAAGAUUCACAGGAGAGCAUAGUCCUCCGUCGCAAAUACACGGACCACCUCCCAGCGUUCGUGUUCGACAACAGCCUCGACGCCAAGAAGCGCUCCAAGCUGAUCGAGCGGGAGAUGAACGAGCAGGCCAAGAUCAUCAACGAUCUGCGCACCCUGGGCGCUAGUCACUCCACCAUAGAGUACGAGAUGAAGAGGCUGCAUGACCUGGAGGCGUUGGUGUUCAAGGACUUCAGGAGGGACAUGAUACAAAAGUUGCGUCGUCAAAGUGUCCGCGCCAGCUCCAUCACGAAGGGCAAGCUUGGACUCGGCUCCAACCGCAGCCAGUCCUUCGUCAUACCCUCGCCGCAGCACGAGAGGAGCUUCCCAGUAGUAUUACCAGAACCGAACCUAGUGCUACCCAGUGGUGUGGGAGACUCCGGCGAGACCCUGUUGCUGAACGACGAAGAUAACCGCUUGGCGGACAUCAUAGAAGGCGCUAGUUGGAGCUCUAUGGAGAGUGAACCGCUUACUGGCGGCGGUGGCGGCUCAGCGGGUUCACCAUCGGCGCCGUCUCGUUCAGCAUCGCUCCGCGCGCACACUGCGCAUGCGCGCGGCGUGAGCUUCACGCCCGCCGUGCUGCGGCAGAACUCGCUGCCCGCGCACCCCGACCACUGGCCCCACGACGGGCAGCGGGCCAGGCUCAUGCCAGAUGGCGACUGUUCUACAUCGGAGAGUAAGCAAACCAAGGCGAAGACCGCCGAGCCGAACAUAGACUUCGAGUUGGACGUCAAAGUGCACAUUAACAGCGGGAAAUGUGUGCUGCACACUAAAGAUGAGGAGGCUAAGAUCGGGCGCGGCAUGCGCGUGAACCGCUCGGCGUCGGGCGGGCUGGCGGAGGCGGGCGGCUCCCCGCCGGCGCGCCGCAAGCCGCACGCGCCGCCCCCGCGCCACCAGCCGCAGCUGGACGUCACCGUGUUCCGCGUGCCGGGGCUGGACCUCAAGGUUCAUUACGAAUCCAAGACCCUCCCAGAAGAGAUAUCCUCCCCACAGUCCACGAGCGGGCCUCCCCUCCCCAGUAGUCGGAAGGUCGGCACGAAGAAAGCCGCGCUGUUCGCAUACAUCACGCUACAGAGCAUACCGGAGGAGACGAUCAUCAGCCCGCAUGUGUUGGAGUUCUUUGAGCAAACGUUGGAGCCAAUACCGACCAAAGCUUUCUCUACCCCUACACCAGAAGCACCCAGCGGUUCCCGUCCCGUAUCGGCCGAGGGCGCCUCCUACGGCCAGUACGUCUACGCUUCAUUCCCGGUGGACGUCAUAGUGCACUUCCACAUGCAGCCGUCCACCUUCCGCUUCAGCUGCCUGCCUGCCUCCCGCGUGGAGUGCCUGCUGCAGCUGCCCAGCCUGCAGAUCGUGUUCAGCAGCAAGCGGGCCGGGGACGAAGAAAUGGCUGAACCAGCAGUCGCGAUGGGCGGCCUCAGCGUCACUGGCUGCCUGGCCGACUUCUCGGUCUACAUCUUCCAUCCUUACGGGGGGAAGAAGUCUAGUUUGAAGGAAGCACAAUGGUCACCACUCUCUGAUACAGAGAGAAAGGAUUCUUUGAGCAUCAAUGUGGAGUUCGUCAAGUUCCACCUGUCCAGGUCUCGGAAACUGGACUUCCAUACUGAUCAGGAUCAGUCCAAGGCUACUGUGAGGUUCUCAACGAUCGUGGACGUGGGCUCGGCGUGGUUCAAGUACGACAUGCGGCGGCUGUCGGAGAUCCUGGCGUUCCCCAAGGCGUGGUACCGCCGCACCAUCGUGCGCCGCAUGUUCCUGGGGGACCUCAGUGUGCACAACACUAGCAACUCUUCAAGUAAUAACGUGCCCGUAUCACCUGUGAUGCCACAGAGAGAGAAAACUAAGACUGUUGACAUACAAAAACCCAAAGAUAAAGUAUCAGAGAGCGGCGGCGCUGCGUGGGAGACGCUGGUGCUGUUCGCGGUGAACUUCACGCGGCUCAACGUGCACAUGAAUAUGGGCAACGUCAUGGGCAACGUCAGUUGGCUGAGCCGCGACUUCCACUGCUCGGGGCGGCUGAGCAUCGGCAGCACGGGGCACCGCAACAUGCUGCUGGGCGUGGGGCUGGCGGCGUCCACGCUGGAGGCGCGCGCCGGCAUCGUGGGCGGCGGCAUCGCGCUGGCCGCCAUCCGCACGGCCGCGCACGUGGCCGAGGAGCCGGCCAGCUGGCCCGCGCACGGCGCCAGCGUGCGGCUCAGCGCGCUGGAGCUGCGCCUGGAGUACAUGGGCACGCCCGUGCUCAUGGCGCGCGUCUCCAGGCUGCGGGCGGCGCUGCGCGACGAGUGGCUGGCCAAGCCCAGGCAGGCGCACCCGCGGCACCGACCGACGGCCAGACCUGCCAUAAUCCUGACUCACGGAACACUAAGCUGGCAGCAGUUACAAAUCCUGAUGAGUCGCAGCACCACUCCAGACCUGCUGAAGAUGCAGCUGAAGCUCGAAGAGUUCUUCACGCAGCAGUUCAAGUCCAGCAAGCGCGUGUUCAGCUCGCUCAACAACCAGAACGGCAGGAAGGAGAGGGGGAAAGAUCGGAGGGAGGCUGGAUCGAGUCAAACCGGCGCAGGCGCAGCGGGCGGGGCGGGCAGCUGGCAGCAACAGGAGCUGCGUCACCACCGCCACUGGCAGACCGUGCUGCAGCUGGUGGCCGGCACGCGGCUCUCCACGCUGCCCACCACACUGCCGCACGGUCACUGGGGCGCACAGAGACAACAACAGGAGCUGCGUCACCACCGCCACUGGCAGACCGUGCUGCAGCUGGUGGCCGGCACGCGGCUCUCCACGCUGCCCACCACACUGCCGCACGGCACAAUACUCGGCGGAACAAUGGAACUCCAAGGCACCAACAUAUCUCUAGCUUGCUUCCACGGCAACAGCUUCAAGGCCAAGUCCUGGGCACUCUUCAGCUUGAAAGACCCUUGCAUCAGCUUCGCCACGGAAGCCCAGCAAGUGGCUAAUGAUGAAGAUGAGCUAGAAGUUCACGUGGUACAAAGCCUAACGGCCAGUCUAGGAAGCGCCCUGAACACUACCGGCGCGGCCGCAGCGGGAGGUCACCAAUCAAUGGCCACCGUGUGCCGCAUGACCCGUGCCCUUUUGUUCCCGCCGCAGUUUAAGACAUUAAGGGAAUGGUUCCAUUAUGCGUUCGCCAACAGCGAGAUAGAUGCGAUAGAAACGUUCCCGUCACUGGAACGCGAGCCAUCCACCUCUGGCGCGGGCAACACUAACAGCACGGAGCGCGAGCGGUCCGCCGACCGGUCGGCCGAGCGGUCGGGCGAGCGAUCGGGCGAGCGGGGCGGCGAGCGGGCGAGCAAGGCGGCCGACAAGCAUCAGCGCGAGGUGAUCUUCGCGCUGCCGAGCUUGCAGCUGCAUCUCAGAACGCAGCAUAUGCAGAGGAGCGAACCGCCUACAGAUACCGACGAGAAGCCCGUGGUGGAAUGCAGCUUUAUCACGGAGUUCGAGGACCACAUCUUCGUGUCGGUGGACGCGGAGGCGUUCCUGUUUCUGCACGAUCUCAUCUCUUCUUACAUCAAGGAGAAAGACAGAGUUACGUCCGGCGGCAGCAAGGCGACGUGGGCGGAGGCGGGCGCGGGCGCGGGCCGGCCGCCGCUGGACUUCCGCGACUACCGCUGCGUCACGUGGCACCUCGAGCCCACCGUCAGGUUGCUAUCGUGGGCCGGCAAGUCCAUCGAGCCGUACGGCGUGGACUACAUCCUGCAGAAGCUGGGUUUCAGCCACGCGCGGACCACCAUCCCCAAGUGGCUGCAGCGGGGAACCCUGGAUCCUUUGGAUAAGUUGCUCUCUCUAGUUCUACUAAGACUGGUCGCUAUUGUACCACAAAAGUGAUGUGGAAACGAUCUUGUUGUGUAGGAAACAAAGACUAUUUUUCAUUGAUAGGUCAGUGGCAAUUCUGUCAGAAUAGUAGUAUUAAUAAGUAAUGCUACUGUACUUUAAAUGAUACUGGAUGUGACUUAAACUUAAGCAAACCGAUAUGUGACUCACUUUACCUAUGGUGGCUCCAUCUUGCUGAAAAUGUACUUCAAUUACUCGUCGAUGACCAUUUCAAUUUUAAUGCUACGAAGAGCCUAUAAUAACUAUGAAUAAGUUGAUCUCUCUGGUUAUAUUUAGAUUGAAUAGCUGGCAGUAAAAUAAAUUGAAAUAGCUAUUAUUCUAUAUAAACGUUAUGACAACAUUUUUUGAAAGAAAUAAUCUGAUUGGCUGGAGUAAGAUCAGUAGUAAUCGUGUCAGUUAAGUAGUUAUCUAUGACUAAAUGUUUAUUAACUUGACUGAUUUACACACACUCCUAUAAGAGUUAUACCCUGACGUUUGAACCCAGUUGAAGUUGUAGCUUUAGCUUCUAAACGUUCACAUUGGUCAUAACUUAUGUAAUAAUUAUAAUAAAUUCUUACAAUUUGAAAUACGAUGAAUGGUUAUAUCGACUUAUAAUUUUCCUUGAUGUAUUAAAAAGCGAAUAUUUCCUACGACUAUGACUACGAACUUAUAAUAAUUGUUGUUCUAUAACAUUAACUUUUGAUAUGUGAAGCAAAUAAUCAACUUAGAUUCUUCUAAUUCAAAAAUUUAGACAUUACACUACAGAAAAAUUUACCGUAAAUCACAAAAUCAUAUUGUCUCUAAUAAAAUGGAAAAAUUUCAAGAAUUCAAUUUCUCUACGAUCCGUCUAUAAAGUAUAUGAUAGUGAUGCAGAUUAACUCGUGUAUUCCAGUACAAUUAAUGUAAAUAGAAUAAAAUAAAUAUAUAAUCAAAUAAAUAGUUAACGCGUUGACUGCUGAAAUCUAAAAAUCAUCUCUAUUAAGCAAAACAGCACUUCUAAAAAUAUGUGUAUUGUAAAACUAUUUUUGUCAGCAACAAAUGUUCAACACUCAUUUAAUUCUUUGCGAUAUUUCGGAAUCAGAUAUGAAAUUAACAUUAUUAAAUAGAAUCAUAAUCAUUUUCCUAUUACCAUUGUAAAUGACAUGUCAAAAUGUCGCCCGUAAACUAAUUUUGACAAAGGGAGUCCCUCCAUAUACAACAUUCCAUAUAUUAUAUUCUCCUUAAAUUUUCCUUCUCUAUGUGGUUUUGGCAAACCACAGACAUCUAGUUUACUCUAUUCUUGACAAUCAGGCAGUCAACGUGUUAAAUUUAAUGAAAAUAGGAUGUUUUUUUUUUCAAUUAAAAUUAAUAUGCCAAGCACCAGUUGAUUCAUCAUCAGCGAUAAAUUUUAUUCAAACAUAUAAUUUAACUUGCUUUUGCUGGGCUUCGCUCCCGUAGGAAAUAGUCCCUAGCAUAGCUCCCGUAGCAUAUGUUACUCCCGAAGGUCUAUUCUAUAUCUGUAAGAUUUCGUGACAAUCACUCCUGUAGUUUUUGAGUUUAUUCGAUACAAACAUACAAAAUAUAUUCACUUUCUUAUGAGUGAAUAAUUCACACCUUUGAAAUUACAUUAGAAUUCUUCUUCUAGCAACAAAUAAAAUAUGAACUCCCUUUUUUACGUUAAAAAAUAUGAAUGAUCGUGAUAACUGGCGCUUCGCAUACACAAAAAUUAUGAUUGUACCUAAUACUAGGUAAGUAGUUAAAAAAUAAUAAUAAUAAAUGUGCUGCACAAUGCCUGCACUCAAAAUAAAUAAAAUAAAACAUUUGAAAAAUCAAUUACGAACUGACAAAUUGUAUCACGAAAAAUUAGUUUAGCAUUGUUUAGUAAUACCUUAGCUAAGAAUGAAUAAGCUAUUCGGCCUAGCCAUUUUGAAGAUAAACAAACUAAUUUCCUAUCUUAUCAGGCGAAAAUCGAAGUGAGGUAUGAGCGGUUUAUGGACAAAGUAUAGACAUGCCACCUUUUUGAAUAAAAUUAUAUUUCGCGUGCUGUACCAACGUGUCUGUGGUGAGUCGUGACCAAUAAGUUAGAUUUUGAUCUAUUUUGGGGAAAAGACUUUUAUUAUUGAUUACAAGUUUGAAAUACUUUCAUUGAUUUAUUUUUAAUCAAAUUAUAAUGUGGUUUACUUAUAUUAUUUAGGUUUUAUCAAAAUGUGAUGUUUUCUGAAUGCGACAUGUAAAUGAUAUAAAAAUUUGAUGUACCUAAUUUGAGUUAUCAAUUGUAUUAUAAUUGUCCCGAUCGCAAGCGCAAAUCGAUUCAUUUUUGAGGAAAAAUCUUCCUUUCGCUGAAACCCUGCCCUGAAAUCUUGUUUGUUUAUGAGAGUAUUUAUUUCGUGGUGGACUUUUCUGUGAUCAACAAUGGUUAUAAAUUUUUUUCAAUCGUAGUUCAAUUGAUAGCUACAUUAUGCUACAUAAAUAUCCUUAUGGGGAAUAUUCAUGAUAUGAGGGAAUGCAGCCCUCCGGUGGCAUGUAUGGUGACGGUCUAUUUUGAGGAGGGUCCAGUUAUCAAAUGUUAGAUGUCUGAGUUGUAUUUGACAUAUAAUUUAUUUUAAUUUUGAUGUUACCAAAGGAAACUUAUUUUAGAAAAAUUGAUGUAAAUAUUUGUUGUACCUGGCGAAAUUGUUUGGCGUUUAUAUUGAUUAUUAUAUUUUAAUGUUUUGCAAACAGACACAGCCUAGUUCAAAUCUCUUUAUAAUUAGCUUAACUAAGCUUCAAAAUAUUGUUAGCCUUAAAAAGUUGGCCUCACUUCCUAAUACAAAUCUAUUUCUGCGCUAAAAAUUUGCAAAAAUCGAUUAAGUUUCCACUAAGUUUUAUUUUAAUUUUAAUCCUUGUCACAUGUACAAGUUAUGUCUGAACUAGGUUGUAUUUAUUGCAAUUAUCGAUAUUAUCUUGAUAUUAAAAAAAUAUAUAUUUGCAUCACAAUAUAAAUAAAAUAUUUAUAAUUUCUAAGUUUACCCUGUAUAGAGUUCCAGUUAUUUUGCUAGUGUUGUAUAUUUUUUGUAUAUUAGUGUAAAUGAGCAACUAUAUGAAAAUAGUGGGCUUCUUACAGUGUACUGAUUAUGUAUAUUAUAUUUUAUUAUGAACCAAGGUGAUUUGUACAUAAUGAACGUGAUUAUUAUUGUAUGAAUAAAAUCGUAUGGGAACCAA